AUGGCUGAGCAGAACUAUCGGAAACCAUUGCUCGUGGCUCUGGCCGGCACAGUAGUCCUCACUGCGGCUUUCUAUGCCUUUGAUCAUUACUCCAGUCGAUCGACGAAGGUGCAGCCUGAUCACUCGGGUGCCCUUCAUCGUAGCAACGCCAUCCGGAGACCCAGGCACCCAAGACGCUGGCGUCAGGGGUUCGAACAGGCUCCCCUCGAUUACGACCCUACCGAGCGAGCCAUCAAUCGUCUGGAAGAACGAAACGAGCGAAGACAAGGCUAUGGAGAAUAUCAGAACAAGUGGUUUUUCCCAACACCAGAGGACGCUCAGGGAGUGGACUUGAUUUUAAUUCCUUGCAACCUGAGGUCGAUCUAUGUCUACCUGCUGCAGCACUCGCCGGCACCACUGUCCCCGUACCAACAAGACUGUCUGCGAUUACACGUUCACGGAGUAUUCACCCAGAAUUUCCUACGCGAAGAGUAUCCCGAAGGUUACAUCAUCGGUGAUGACGCCUACAUCGUGGCGCGAGGGCUGGAGUUGCUCGAUGUCGCGGAAGAGAUUGUCUACGAAGUGGUCAAGGCUUUCGAUGAUGGUGUAUUUCAUCUGAGCGAGGAGUGGAGCCCUCUUGAUGCGCCCAUCCAGAGCCCUAGGAUGCCCCCUGUGCAGACUGACGGCAUGGUGGACGGUCUCGGCCCUCAAGACGCUCUCGAGGCGUUGGCCAACCCAACGAGAGAGGACGAGGAAGACAGCGAGAUCUCAUACAGUAACAAUGAUGAAGAUCCCGAGGGAAGUCAGAACAUGCUCGAUCUCCUCUAUCAUAUCGCUGGCGAGCAAGCGCGGCGGGAAGGAUACAUUCACCGUGGCGUCGAAUGCAAUAGCUGCGGCAUUCACCCAAUCCAAGGCAUCCGGUAUCACUGUGCAAAUUGCUUUGAUUAUGAUCUGUGCGAGAGCUGCGAGGCUAGCUCCGGCCACAUCAAGAGUCAUGUGUUCUUCAAAAUAAGGAUACCAGCUCCGUCCCGAGGGAACAUUAAGCAGGUCAUUCCGAAGUGGUAUCCUGGGAACCCCAAUGCAUUUCCAACUUCUUUGCCAGCAGAAAUCUCAAGACACUUGUUGGAUCAGACUGGCAUGGAUCGCACCGAAAUGGAUGCCUUGUACGAACAGUUCAAGUGCCUCGCUGAUCAUUACUGGGUCAAUGAUCCGACGGGACUGGGGAUGGCUAUUGAUCGAAAAGCCUUCGACGCUUACUUUAUCCCUACCACGGCCGACAGACCCUCUCCUGCCAACCUAAUCUACGAUCGUAUAUUUUCUUUCUACGAUACCAAUAACGAUGGCCUUAUCGGCUUCGAUGAAUAUAUCCGUGGCCUGGCACAGCUGCAGGAUAAAUCACGUCUUGCCAGGCUCCAGCGAACAUUUGAUGGCUAUGACCUCGAUUCCGAUGGUUAUGUCGACCGGAAGGACUUCCUUCGCAUUUUCCGCGCUUACUAUGCCUUGAACAAGGAGCUGAGUCGAGAGAUGAUCAAUGGCCAGGAAGACUUUGGCUACGUGGAUGAAGAGAUUCGAGAGGUUGUUCGCGGGAGUCAACCCAUCAGUGCUGCAUUUGGCGGAGGCAUGCUCUACGGACAUGAGUCCAGAACGGGCCAGGAUAAACAGCGCGAAGCCAACGGUGAUCUGCAGUUAAACGUCGGAUCCAACGGGGUGUUACAGGGCGACACCGACGCGCGAGGAGAUCGUGCUCGUGCGAUUGGCAAUGUCGCCAUGAACAACCGCACCCGAAACCAUCCUUUCCGGUCCUUUAGGACAGCCCCGGUCGAGGACGAGGCUUUGAUGCUCCUCCCGAUUGGAAGUAACUUCAACCAUUCUGGUUUGCAUGACCCUGAUGAAGUAACCGAGGAAGAGCUUGCGGGUCCCGAUCCUCCACUACAGACAUAUGGCUGGCCUCCAGUGCGCACCCCGGAGCCUCAGGAUAUUGUUGAUGCUCUAGGACAGGAGGUCCCACUCGACGACAUUACGGAUCCGGUGGACCGGACACGAGUCUUAUUUGCACAAUCCCGACGCCUCGACAACGAGGGUGACGAGGCUGAAAGGCGUAUCAGGGCCAAAGCUGUGGAACAGCGAUGGCGACGGAGGCAAUUCUAUCUAGAUGAAGAGGAAGGGUUGACCCGACCGCCCGGUUAUACAGAGCCGGAUAGUUCUGACGAGGAGCCGACGACAUCGCGGCCCAAGAAGAACAGUCGCGUGACGACGAAAAGCCCACGGCGGCCGUCCAUACAGUCAAGGUCCUCGUCCAAAGUGCGAUUCGAUGACAGUGCUAUCGACACCGACUAUGAAACACGCUCAAAUGCCUCGUCACGCAGCAUCCCUAUCAAUGAAAGAUGGGGUGGUUAUGAACUUGGACAGGCUGAAGCAGACAUUGGCAAGGAUAUUCUGUAUCAGGCUGUUCAGGAAGGCUUCAAUAAAUUGUUAGAUGCUCUGUUCAAGGAAAAGGAGGACGAGUGGGUGAUUGCACACUCUACCCGGAGUGACCGCCAUCGAUUUCGUAAAGAAAUGGAACAAUUUCGAGAGAAGCUCGAAGCGGCCGAACAACAACAUGACGAAGCUUUGAAAGAGGCCGACAGGCUGCGGACAGAGGAAUUGUUGGGGAGCGCGCAGUUGGAAGACCAGGCUGAGAGUACUGGCGUUGAAGUCUCGCCAGGAACGAAGUCUGACCACAAAGAGUCUUCCGAGCCUGAUCCCGAAGAUCACAUAGAGUUGAUGUUCGGGGAAGGGGCUGUAACUGAGAGCAUGACCGCCGAGAAGCCAAACGACUCGACUGGGUCAUACUGUGACCCUACCCUUCCGCAGUUCCGACCGGACGAACCUGAAACCGCCAGCAUAGCGACUGAACUUGAUCCCUUUUCCGGCGAUCCAGUUCAAGCACGAGCCAUCCACGACCUCUGGGUUCGCCAUGAUGCGAUUGACGCCGAGGCACGACAACGCGGAGGAUAUGGUAAGCUCAAUUUCGCCGAAUUCCGACGAAAAAUGGUGGCCGAAGACGAGGUGGGUAGGGUGCUGGGAGUGAAACAAAAAGAGGACGGGAAAGACUCAGACCAGGAGACAUGGGAGAGCAGUGCCGACCUGGGAAGGUUGGCUUUUGUCGGCACAUGGCUGGAGAUGGCCAGCUUCUAG